AUGUCCGAGAAGCAAAUCGUCGAGCAAUCCUCGGCCUCGGCCUCGGCCUCAGAGCCCGAGAGCAAGAAAGACAACGACACGAUCAAUCUGGAGGCGACAGACGAGGAGAUCGAGCAAACGAAGAAUCGCAUCCUCCGCGAGCAAGCAGACCUUCGCCAGCAGGAUGCUCCCAUCAUCCCCAUUCUGUCCUUCUUCAAGAACAAGAAUGGGUAUGAUCCCAGUGCGAUAGCGACACAGCCAUCUGUCUACGACCACCCUUCUACUGCGAAGUUCUUCCAGCCACAUCCAAAGUAUGAGAAUCUGCAUCGUUUUGAUCCGACAUUCCGAUGGAGCUGGGGCGAGGAGCUGCCCCUGAUAACAAAAAUGGAUUGGCGCGUCACACUAUGGGCGUGUCUCACCUUCUUCGCUCUCGACCUGCCUCGAGGUAAUCUAAGUCAAGCAAACUCGGCCUCUUUCCUCGAGAACCUUGGCAUGAACACCAACGACUACAACCUCGGUAACACAGUCUUCCAAAUAUCUUUCCUCUGCGCAGAGUUGCCGUCCCAGAUGGUCAGCAAGAAGCUCGGCCCGGACCGCUGGAUUCCCUUCAUCAUGUGUUCCUGGAGUCUGGUGUCGGGAUGUCAAUUCUGGCUUAGUGGUCGAACCUCCUUCCUUGUGUGUCGUGCACUUCUGGGCGUCCUUCAGGGCGGGUUUAUUCCCGACGUGGUCUUGUACUUGACGUACUUCUUCAAGUCGACCGAGCUCCCCUUUCGACUUGCCAUGUUCUGGACAGUUCGCCGAAUCACGGAUAUCGUCGCACCCCUAUUAGCGCUUGGUGUCCUUCGCAUGGAUGGGAUCAACGGCUACGAGGGCUGGAGAUGGCUCUUCCUGAUUGAAGGGAUCAUUACACUGUCAAUAAGUGUCUGGUCCUGGUUCGCAAUGGCGGCUUCACCAACGCAAACAAAGGCUUGGUGGCGACCCAACGGAUGGUUCAACGAACAGGAAGAGAAGAUCUUGGUCAAUCGAAUCCUUCGCGACGACCCCUCGAAAUGCGAUAUGCACAAUCGGCAGGCAAUCACCCCCAAGCUGCUUCUCAAAUCUCUUGCUGACUGGGAGCUUUGGCCCAUCUACAUCUUUGGGCUUCUCUGGGAAAUUCCAGCCGGCCCUCCCGACCAAUAUCUCACACUGACUCUCCGCAACCUUGGAUUCAACACGAACGAUACUAAUUUGCUGAGUAUCCCGCCUCAGUUCUUAGGAGCUAUUUUCAUGUUGAUCAUGACAUAUCUGUCCGAGAUAUGGGACACGAGAGCAUUGUUUGGUGCCUUCACGCAGCUGUGGUACCUUCCGAAUCUCAUAGCUAUGGCCGUCCUCCCGGCAGAUGCUAGUCCCUGGGCCCAGUACGCUGUUGUCACUGUUCUCCUGUCCUAUCCAUCGCCCCAUGCCAUGCACGUCUCUUGGGCGUCUCGAAAUUCUCACUCUGUUCGUACCAGAGCCGUCUCCGCGGCUUUGUAUAAGUCGACCCACCCCCUUUUAGCCACCCCCCCCUUUUAG